AUGUGUCGUGCCCAGGGGCAGCAAGCGCUGCAGCAGCAGACGAGCUGCAUGCGGUGGCAGCAGCUACAGCAGCAGCAGCAGCUACAGCUGCAGGAGGUACAGCUGCGGCCACAGCAGCAACAGCUACAGCAGCAGCAGCUGCAGCACGCCCGUCCCUUCACAGGUGACGAGCAGCAGCUGCUACUGCCCAAAAGUCGGUACAUCGAUUAG